UGAAGUUGCUUUAAAUUGAGCACAUGUAUCGUGUUGUGCUGUCGCCUGCCUCUACAAGAAUUAUAAGAAAUAUAGUAAAGGGUGUUUUUGCUACCAAAGGCUACUCUGACAGGCAGAGAGAAGAUGUGAACGAAUGUGUUUGUUUCAAGAAAAGGAAGCAGAUACCACGAGCCACAAGUCAUGCCUGUGUCAGCCUGAAGAAGCGAGUGUGUGUCCGUGCAUGACUGUGUGUGUGUGUGAGCUCUUAUGGUGCAACCAUGACGAGAGCAGCACUGACAAAAGUUUUCAUCCUCGUGAUCCUCGCCUUUAUCAUCUGCCUCCCAGAAUUCUUCACAUUGUACAGAGCAUCAAAAGUUAACUUCCGCUGUCUGUCCUACCGACCCUGUGAGCGAAUGAAUCAGGUGAAAACGGAGGAAAAUGGGAAGAUCGAGGACGCUGAAAUUAGGAGUCAGGAUACAUGUAACCCUUCACAGACUCCAGAACAUGAAAAGUGGGAGCAGGCCUGCAGACAAAAGAAUCAAAGCAACAUGACAGAUUCAGUAUCCAACUCCACGAGAGGUGGAGAAGACCCAGAAAAGAGCUGGUUUAUGUGUGAAACAGAUAUGAACAUGACAGAAUUACACAGUAACCUAUCAUCAGAUUUAAAGGUGUAUUUAGAAGUGUCAGUGGCACUUCAACUCAAGGAUGCAGAAACCGUGAAUCUCACCUUGUACGGCCUCAGUAAUCACAGCUCCUUACACUUCUACCCACCUGAGAAGGAGAGUGGGCAAGAUGAUGUGGACAUGAAGGAUGAUGAAGGACAGAGGAAGGCAUUUUACUGCUGUCUCCCGGCCCCACCCACUUCAGAGUCAGCCAAUAAAAGCCACUGUCUCCUUUGGUUCGCCAAUCAAACGGUGUUGAAUGAAGCACAGAGCCAACUCUUGUCUUUCUACGAGUGGCGUUGUGUGCUCAGGGUGCUCUGGCUGGUCCUGCUGUGUGUGGUGCUGCUGGCUGUUGUCACGAGUGUGAUUGGGCAAGUCUACCGGGAGAGAUACUUGCGCAAAAAACCCAAGAUCCAUCCUGCUGGAUAUGAUUUCAUUGGCCAGCAGUUGAACGGUGGUGAGAAGCAGGUGCAUAUCGUCACUCCAAAAGGGAUGAUCCCCCGCUCUGAUGGGUCCCAGUAUUGGUCAGAACUGUCACCCAUUCAAGAAGCUGACAGUCAAGAUGACAUAGAAACUCUGCUGGAUGAAAAUGCUGACCAGCGUCAUACAGCAAAUCUGCAUCAUCGCAGCCAUCACUCCUCCUCCUCCCUCACAGAGGAGCAGGCCUGGUAGCAGAAGAGCACACAGAGGAUCACGGAAAUGGAUUUAAAGUGCAAUGGAGAAAAAUACAAAUGACUGAUUCAAGUCCCAGCAACAUGGCGGUGGUGCAGUGGUUAGCACUGUUGCCUCAUAGCAAGAGGGUUCCAGGUUUGAAUCCCGGUCUGGGUGCUUCUAUGUGGAGUUUGCACCUUCUCCCUGUGCCUGCGUGGCUUCCUCCCACAGUC